UGUAAAUUUCCCUCAAUUGUUCAAAUCUCAUCAUUCGAACAUUAGUUACAAAGUAUUCAAGGAAGUAGACUUACUUUAAUGCAAAAACGUAAUAUUAGCUGCAAUUACUUCAAAUUCCUUUUCAACAUUCGCGACGGUGUAAUUUUCUGAUGAAAAAAUACGCUGAUCGUAAUUAAUCCAUUAACGUAGAAGGGCAUGUUAUUCCUGGUGAAGGUCAUCAUGAACUAAGAGCAUAUUAUGCAGAAUUUUUUAUCGCAUAUCUGAGGUCGUUGGGAAUUCUUUCUCUAAGCAACCUAUUACCUGGUUCGCAUCUGUAAGCAAAGGGUCGGUUACGUGGAACCUGACGAGUUGUUGUUGUACGUGACCCAAGCCGAAAAAUGGAGUUGAAUGGCGAGAAAAAUGGGGUCCAACAAAAUGGACACGCGAAGAAAAACGGACUGUCGAUGGAACCAUGUCGUGUGGAAAGAGAUUACGACGUGAUUGUCGUGGGCGCUGGAAUUACAGGGCUCUGGACUGCUCACCAGCUCGCCAACAAGGGAUUUCAUGUUCUAAUUACCGAGCAGUAUCCUAGGUGUCAUUCCCGUGGUGGAUCAGCAGGAAGUUCCCGAGCAGUGGAAUUAUCCUUUCCGAAUGUGGAUGGAAUCCCAAUGGUGAUGGAUGCCAUUAGAAUGUAUGAGCAGCUCCAGGAAAGCACUCACGUGGAUCUUAUUCGGUCGACAAAAUUGCUGGUGAUGACUGAACAGCCUUGGAACAAUACACCUUUGCCUGGCUUGCUGAAAGCUUUGAAUGAAACAUACGGACUCGGUGUCCAAAAACUGGAUUAUGAACAAAUGAAAGCAAAAUUUCCCGGAAUGAGUUUUACUAAUCCCGACACGUGUGCAAUUUUGGAUGACAAAUCUGCGAAGGAGAUGAUAGCAUCGAGUGUUAUUUUCGCCCUCUGGAAAUCCCUGGAGCAGAAUCCAAAAGUGGAUGUUAUAGACAGAUGUCCUGUGACGAAAAUUAUAUCAGUUCCUUCAACUGAAGACUCGUGUGAGGAGAAACGUUCCUCGGGAGGUUCUUAUGUAUUAGUGGAGUGCAGAGAUGAAGCAAGAAGUACGUUCAGUGCCAGUGCUGUGGUUUUGGCUACCGGUGGGUGGACACCGGAAAUUUCCAUCCUGAAGAGAUCUGAGGGCAGAAAAUCGGAAGUCAGCGUGGAAAUGCCGAAAGUGGAGCCUCGAUUGCUUGCUCAGAUGUAUUUUAAGAAAAAACCUGGUGGACCUCCAAUACCAGAUGGAACUGGAUUUAUCGAGUGGACUUGGGGAUCAGACAUUCCGAUGAGAGGUUGGGGUAGACCUUCUACCAACACUCACCCUGAUUUCGAUUACAUGGCAGGGAUUGGAGAGUACCUGUCACCACAAUCGGUGUCAAACAUCGAAUGUAUGGACAAGUUUGAAGAAUUGAUAGCCAAAGCAAGGGAUUACGUAAGGAUGAGGCUCCCUUUCCUGGACGACACUCCACAUUUGAUUGAAAAAGCGAUGGAUUACUUGACUGUAUCAGACGAGAAAUCCGGGCGGAGACUCGCUGGAGCGCAGAAUAUUUAUCUUGCGAUAGAAGGAACCAGUUUCUCGAUGGCACCCGUCUACGCCAAGCUCCUCUCCGAGUUGUUGGAGAAGCACAUGGGAAAUCCACUUGACGAUCAACUCGUGAAGAAAAUGGCCUCCUUGUCUCACAAUGGUGACGUCACCGAAAGCACUGGUCGAACCGGGUUUUCCAGCAAGUUCCAUUGGUGAAAAAUAAAAAAAUCCAAAUUUUGACGCUAUGAAUGUCAGUUGUAUCGCUUAUCCUGGAUCUAGCAGUUGGUGCGCGGGAUUUUCUUUUGACUUGUGCUUUUGUUCUACGUGGAAAUGAGUUUCUCUGUUUCGGAGGCUUGGAAUCGUGUUCCUGCAAUAUUUACAUUUCUUUCGUUGUCGAUUGAUUACCAGCAUGUGCUUUUUAUUCUGUCGCCAUUUUGUUUCUGUUCAGUUCAUUUUUACGUGUUCGAUGAAGCGGUGAUCUCGGUGUGCCGAUAUGAACUCGCAUCAUUGUUCGGAA